UGAUCUGGAAGGGAGGUCCGCUGGGGUUAAGGCAGGCCCUGCAGAUCCCGUGAACUGUAGACCCAAGCAGUCCCUGACGUGCUCUGGGGAAAGCGCUGUUUAUCCCAAUCUUCCACAGAAAGCAGGGAAAGCAUCGUGGUUCGAAGAUUUUUGGCUUAGGGUAUGCCAAGGACUUUCAAAAGUCUGAAGUCCGGUUUCCUUACUCCAUGGCACUUCCGCUCGGGGAAGGCAAGGACUCUGAAAAUUCUGGGAAAUGUAGUUCAUGACCCUCCCAUCCCCGGGAUGAUAAGAUAACUUCCGCUGCAGGUGGGGGGGGGGGGCUGAGAGGCCAUCCUUCCGGUUGGGAAAUGUAGUUUGGGAAUCCUCAGUGUGCAAGAUCCUCUGCAGGAGACUGCAGGAGACUGUUCUCCCCGCAACCUUCGGGAAUUCUGGGAAGUGUAGUCCUGGCUGCCUAUGCGGGAAGAGUCACUUCCGCCCCAGGAGAUGGUGACCUUCAGGGAUGUGGCUGUGGUCUUCAGCGAGGAGGAGCUGGGGCUGCUGGACGCUGCCCAGUGGAAGCUGUACCGAGAGGUGAUGCUGGAGAACUUCAGGAUGCUGCUCUCAGUGGCACAUCAGCCCUUCAAACCGGGUCUGAUAGCCCAGCUGGAGAAUGGAGAGCAGCUUUGGAUGGUGGAGGCUGAAGCCCAUGCAGGUGGGCUCUCGGGAAGAAGAAAUGGACAUGCUGUGGAGAACGCUGAAGACGUGGAAGUAAACUCCCUUUGUCCCGAGGACCUCUCCUUCUGUCAGACCUGGCCGUGGGGUGCAUGCACAUUACCCAGUGGUCAAGAGUUCAUAAAAAGAUGCCAAGGGAGUAAUGGUGAAUCUCAGAGCCAAGAAGCUUCCCCUCGCCUGGUGUGGGCAGGAAUGCCCAUGCAGAUUUCUGAAGACGGGAAUUACGGAUUGCCUCCUGCACACGAAGACUCUGCUUCUAUGAAAAAUCAAGAGUUUCCUCCUCCAAGAUCCCAGCAGUCUCAGGGGGAACCAUAUCUCGGCAGGCCAUGUGUGACAUGCCAGUGGAAAGGUCAGCAAACAUCCAUAAGAAAUCACUUCUGUAGGUAUGGCAGUGUCUGCUGGUCCCCCUACCACAGUGACAAUGAGGAGCUAUACAGCAAAGGAAAAAGCUAUGGUUUCCAUGACGACAGAGGAAAGACGGUGAAGGUAUUAUUACUUAAUCAGGACUUUAUUGAAUUAGGGCCAGAGCCCUGCCCACGUACCAAGAACAGAGAAGCCUGGGGCCAUGACAAUGACCACAGCUCUCACACACAUCAGCAGUGCCACUCAAGAGGGAAGCCGUGUACACGGAGUCUGUCUGGAGAGGGCUGUGGUGAUAGGUCAGCCCUCCACGGUCAUCCAGGUCUUGAGGCAGGAGAUGAAGGUGCUGAUGGGAGCCCACCUCUGCAGUCUUCUCCAAGAGUGUGUAUGGAGCAAGUGCCACGCGAGUGCAGUGGGAAUGUCCACUAUGGUUCCCCUCUUAACACUUGUGGGUGUGCCCACCCAGGCAACACCUCCCAGACAUGCAGCAUCCCCAAGCAAGCUGUUGGUAGUCCUGUCCACUGCAAUAGUACCUUUAGGGCCCAUCCUAGGGAAGAGCCCAAUAAUUAUGAGGAGAAUAGGAAUGUUUUUAAUCAGAGUUCAUGUCUUCAAGUUAGUCGGAAAAUCGGUGCUGAAGAGAAGCUAUGUCAAGGUGUGGAGUGUAGAAAAAAUUUCACACACUGCUCAAGUCUGAACAUUCCACACAGAGUCCCUGUGGAGGAGACUCUCUGUAACCCUGAUUGUGGUAACCACUUCAGUUUGCCUCCACAUUUUCAGGACUUUCCAGGAGUGCGUGCCAGGGAACAACCACACAAUCGUUUGUGCCGUACAGGCUUCAGUCAAACUUUGUGCCUUCAAGGCCAUCAGAAACUCCACAUUCGAGAAAAGCCUUCUCAUAGAGAGGGUGGAAGUGGCUGUAACUGGAGUUCCACCCCCAAGGAUCCUCAGAAACAGAAACUGCACAAAUGCAAUGCCUGUGGGAAGGGCUUCAGUCACAGAUCAGUUCUGGACAUUCAUCACAGAAUCCACACAGGAGAGAAGCCAUACAAGUGUGAGGAGUGUGGGAAGGGCUUCAGCCGGAGUGCAUACCUGCAAGGCCACCAGAGAGUUCACACAGGAGAGAAACCAUACAAGUGUGAGGAGUGUGGGAAGGGCUUCAGCCGGAGUUCACACCUGCAAGGCCACCAGAGAGUUCACACAGGAGAGAAACCAUACAAGUGUGAGGAGUGUGGGAAGGGCUUCAGCUGGAGCUUUAACCUUCAAAUCCAUCAGCGGGUUCACACUGGAGAGAAACCCUAUAAAUGUGGAGAGUGUGGCAAAGGCUUCAGUAAGGCCUCAACUCUCCUGGCCCACGAGAGAGUCCACACAGGAGAGAAACCUUACCAGUGUCAUGAGUGCGGCAAGAACUUUAGUCAGAAAUCCUACCUUCAAAGCCAUCAGAGUGUCCACUCUGGAGAGAGACCACAUAUAUGUGAGGUGUGUGGGAAGGGCUUCAGUCAGAGAGCAUAUCUACAAGGUCACCUGAGAGUCCACACUCGAGUAAAACCCUACAAAUGUGAGGUGUGUGGGAAGGGCUUCAGUCAGGGUUCACGCCUUGAAGCACACCAGAGGGUCCACACAGGGCGAAAACCAUUCAAAUGUGAGACCUGCACAAAGGGAUUCAGUGAGAGUUCCCGCCUCCAGGCACAUCAGAGGAUCCAUGAGGAAGGAAGACCCUACAAAUGUGACCAGUGUGGUAAGGGCUUCAGUGGCUAUUCCAGUCUCCAAGCCCAUCACCGAGUCCACACUGGGGAGAAGCCAUACAAAUGUGAGGUGUGUGGGAAGGGCUUCAGUCAGAGAUCGAAUCUCCAAGCUCAUCAGCGCGUGCACACAGGAGAGAAACCGUACACGUGUGAUGCGUGUGGUAAGGGUUUCCGUUGGAGCUCAGGCCUUCUGAUCCAUCAAAGGGCCCAUAGCAGUGAUACAUUCUACAGGAGUGGAGAGUGUGGGAGCAGUUAUCCACCUGAGAACCUAUGCAGAAAUGAAGGCCUGUAAGAUGCCUUUCUGGUUUUUUUGUUUUUGUUUUAAUGGAGACAUACUGUUUGUACCCACCAUGAACACUGACAGUGGUUGGGAACCACACAGCAGAGAGCUCUAAUGAAAGGGCUCUACUGAGAUUUCGAAACCUCAACAAGCUAUGGCGGAGAACCAAGAACUUCCCAACGCCGCACAGUUCAGCGGGGAUUAACAAAAGAAUGAUAUCUAUGUCUGCUAGAACAUAAGCUUGGUGAUAGAGGAACAUGCCUGCUGCCAAGGCUGCCGGAGCGUGGCUGGAGAGAUGGCUCAGCAGUGACGAACGCUGGCUGCUUUUGAAGAGGACCACUACAUGGCAGCUGUCUGACCCCUUCCUGGUGCCCAGACGUAUGUGCAGGCAAAAGACUCACAGAAAAAUAAAUACAUAAAAUGGACCCAUGCUGCUCCUUUAUAACUUAACAUAUCACUCAGUGCUCUUUGCUCGAUGAGUAAAAAAUUAUGCAAAGAAACAACACUUGAAACUAUUAAAUUUAUUUCAGAAUGGAUUAGGAGAGAUCUUAUCAAGAUAGGAAAGAUAGCUUAUAUCAGUGCAAAUAAAUGAGUUCCAUUUGAAA